AUGUCGUCCCAUCUGCCAACCGUCUACUUCCGCCGGGCCUCGUUCUCGGAGCUCUUUCGCCAAGGUGACCUGCUAUAUCCCCCUUGUCCCCGGAUACGGUUCGGGUGGAUCGAUUCGACAUGGGUCCCGACGUCGCUCUUCCAGGCGACGAUAGACGCGAAGCUCCCCAUCGUCAUCAUCGCCGCGUACGCGGCGGCCACGAUUUUUCUUAAUCGCCGCAAUCAGGCACGGCAGGGCCAACCGUGGGCGAUCAGCCGCUCGCGGGGCUUCCGCGGGUUUGUCUACCUCCACAACAUCGUCCUGACGGGGUACUCGCUGUGGGCCUGCAUUAGUAUCUGGACCCUCCUCUGGUCCAGCAGAGUCGACCGGCGGGAUCCUCUGUACGCAUUGCGCACGGCGGAUCGCAUCUGCGGGGGGCACCAUUUCCGGACGGCCAGCGGCCAGUCGGAAGUUGAAGGGCCCUGGACAGCCGCGAUCUAUGUCGCCUGGACGUUCUACCUCUCCAAGGCGUACGAGAUGCUCGACACGAUGAUCAUCCUCGCUAAGGGGAAGCGCGCCUCGGGGCUGCAUGUGUAUCACCAUAUGGGCGUGUUGUUCUGCGGCUGGGCAAGCAUCCGAUACGUCCUGCAAGCGAGCUUCGUCGGUGUUGUGCUCAACUCGACCGUCCACACGCUGGUGUACUCCUAUUACACACUCUCCGCCUUCCGCGUGCGCGUCCCCAGUCCGCUGAAGGCUGGGCUAACGGCCAUCCAGAUCGGCCAGUUUGGGGUCGGGCUCCUCCUCAGCCUGGCCUUCGUCUUCAUCCAGUACGAUGUUCCGCUACCGAUGGACGGGGAGCCGGACCAGGGCUCGCCGCCUACCUCGUCCCCGCGGGUAGCCACCACCACCCGCGGCCGGCUGUCGGGGACGGGAGAGGACGGUCUGGUCCCGCAAUACCGCACCGUCACCUGUCUCAGGAACCGGGGGGAUAUUCUCGUCUUUUGGGGAGGGUUCCUGUACGUUUGCGUCCUGAUGCUCCUCUUUGUGGGGUUCUUCCGGCAGACGUACUUGCAGAGACAGAAGGCGAAGACGCAGUGA